AUGGAUUCGCGGGUAUCAGAGCUUUUUGGGUCAGGUUCCGGGCAGAAGUCUGGUUGCCAAGGAGUUGGAUCUAACGUUAGUUCGGGGAAUGGCUUCGUAAUGGGUUCUAAAAAGUAUUCUUUGAAGAAUGCGAAAAAAGGAAAGAGUCGGUCAUCCCGAAACUCCAAACCAAGCAAUAACCCCCCAUAUCUUCCCCCGGCUAAUCUACCCCCAGAGGUAAGCAGAUAUGCUCCCAUUGAAGGUUCCGUAGCCUGCAGUUGUGUGGUAGCUAGCUAACGUUAGCUAGCUGGCUAACGAGAAAUGUCUUGCACGUUUAUAAGCCGCCAAUUUUUUUUUUCUAAAAACUCUUAAGUAGUUUGUGCAGACCAUACUUGUAUGCAUGCAUAUUGUCCAAAUACAUGUUUGUAACCAUCUUCUGUUGGAAGUUCUGGUGAACUGAAGCAAGUGAUUAGCUAGCUUCCUGGCUAGAGGCAGUGACACGUAUCAAGUAGCUAAAGCUAGCUACGUUGGCUAGCUCUACAAAAUACAUUAUGUAGCAUCGUUGGUUAUUUAUUUAACUGAAUAGUUGCAGUAAAACUAUACCCAAGUUAGCCAGAUCGUUCCCUUUUAAUGUUUAGUUUAGUUUUGUCCAAUGGUUUGUUGACCAACGUUAACGUUACUAGCUAGCUAAGCUAGCGAGCUACAAAAACUGGAACAGCUGUGUUUGUAAAUAGCAAGGGGACGGGCUUGACUUGCCUCGCCUGCUGAGUGUAGAUGACUGAAGCGAAUGCAGACGCCACCGCCAGUUUGACCCUGAAAUCCUCUGCAGAGCUGAUGAGCUGCUUUCUCCCCCAGAGAGAUUGAGAGAUUUUGAUAGAAUAGAGCCUCCUCACAGAAUAAUUGGCUAGAGUUUAUUACUUAGGCUUUUAGCUUUGUUUCCCAUUGACUUUAACUUGGGCUGAUAUAUAUAUAUAUAUAUAUUACAUGCAUACAAUACCAGUCAAAGUUGACACCUACUCAUUCAAGGGUUUUUCUUUAUUUUAACUAUUUUCUACAUUGUAGAAUAAUAGUGAAGACAUCAACACUAUGAAAUAACACAUAUGGAAUCAUGUAGUAACCAAAAAAGUGUUAAACAAAUCUAAAUAUAUUUUAGGUUCUUCAAAGUAGCCACCCUUGCCUUGACAGCUUUGCACACUCUUGGCAUUCUCUCAACCAGCUUCAUGAGGAAUGCUUGUUGGCUGCUUUUCCUUCACUCUGCGGUCCAACUCAUCCCAAACCAUCUCAAUUGGGUUGAGGUCGGGGGAUUGUGGAGGCCCGGUCAUCUGAUGCAGCACUCAUCACUCUCCUUCUUGGUCAAAUAGCCCUUACACAGCCUGGAGGUGUGUUUUGGGUCAUUGUCCUGUUGAAAAACAAAUGAUAGUCCCACUAAACCCAAACCAGAUGGGAUGGCGUAUCGCUGCAGAAUGCUGUGGUAGCCAUGCUGGGUAAGUGUGCCUUGAAUUCUAAAUAAAUCACUGACCGUGUCACCAGCAAAGCACCCCCACACCAUCACACCUCCAUGCCUCACGGUGGGAACCACACAUGCAGAGAUCAUCCGUUCACCUACUCUGCGUCUCAGAAAGACACGGCGGUUGGAACCAAAAAAUCUCAAAUUUGAACUCAUCAGACCAAAGGACAGAUUUCCACCGGUCUAAUGUCCAUUACUCGUUUCUUGGCCCAAGCAAGUCUCUUCUUCUUAUUGGUGUCCUUUAGUAGUGGUUUCUUUGCAGCAAUUUGACCAUGAAGGCCUGAUUCACGCAGUAUCCUCUGUUACUUGAACUCUGAAGCAUUUAUUUGGACUGCAAUUUCUGAGGCUGGUAAUUCUAAUGAACUUAUCCUCUGCAGAAGAGGUAACUCUGGGUCUUUCUUUCCUGUGGUGGUCCUCGUGAUUUUGGUUACUACAUGAUUCCAUGUGUGUUAUUUCAUAGUUUUGAUGUCUUCACUAUUAUUCUACAAUGUAGAAAAUAGUAAAAAUAAAGAAAAACCCUUGAAUGAGUAGGUAAGUCCAAACUUUUGACUGGUACUGUAUAUUUCAAAAUUUGAGGUAGGCUAUAUGAUCGCACUGGUAAUAGAACAGUUGUUGUAUUACUUGUGCGGCACAGCUGAGUGAGCAUACGUUUUAAAGAAUUUGUUUUUAUUUCUCAGUGGAGGGAGAGAGUAACAGACUGAGGGUCCAGCUCCCUUUCCUCUGCUGACACUGACCAAAAAGCGACAGUCUUCCAGCUGAUUGUGAAACUUGAGUCGUGCCAAUUCAUGUUACUCCUAUGAACAGAGAAAGUGAAAUAUUCCUCGAUAUUAAAAAAUACUCAAACCGCUAAUAAUAACAACGCAAACCUAUCAAUACACUUUCCUAUUCAUUCAUUUCAGCUGCAGUGCUUGUUGUAGCGCGAGUGGAAGUAGGAAGAACGUGCAUUUUAUGACUUAUAAAAGUGUUGAAUAUAAAGUGACAGUACUGAGUAAGAACAAACAUGAACUCAUUCAUAAAAAUACAGAAGCUCUUUGCUGUAUUCGUUGACAGUCUUUCGCUAUUCACGGUUAUUCAUUUAUUUUUAUCUCACAGUAUCAACUUUGCUGUAUUUUUAUUUUACACCUGCUACGUUACUGCCGACACUGUACUCUGAGGCGGCCAGCGGUAGCUCUCCAGGCCCACCGGGAAGGCAGAGUUUGUACCUUCAGACACAUGAGAUGAUUCAAAAUGGAACACUUCGCCUACCCGGCCGCAGGGCAGCUGAAUCGAGUGCACCUACCGCCAACAGCGCAAGAAGCGCUUUAUCGUUGUUGGUUUUUACAUAAAUAUUUGGCGAUCGACUAGGAAUGCGUGAUCGACCAGUUGGUGACCACUGAUGUUGGGCCUAUUGUUUUUCAUUGACUAUGCUAUUGGCUGCCUGUAUGUGGUGUUUAGUUCACAGAAUAAUCAGGUAAUCUCUACUCAAAGAGCAAUUUAAGCCGAAGUUGCAUCACCUUGCAUCUACAGUUCUAUUUGCAUAUAGACUAUUUCAUGGCUAGUUGAAACAUUGUAGCAGCUUUAAACAGUUCUUCCAACCACCCACUCCAUUCAUUUACUGUUGGAUACUGCUCUUUGUCAGAUUGGGGUUCUUUGUGCCUUUUUAGAGAACAAUAGGCACCAUUGUCUCAGUUCUCUUCGGUUCAACAUAACAAUGUUGUCCUCUCCUCUCUUUCAGGCUGAAGAGGGGAAUAUAGAGUACAAGGUAAGCUGAAAUACAUUGUUAAACAUGUGUCAUGACACACACCUUUGCUCACUCAUUACUGGGGAAUAGCAGUUGUCAGCUGAUGGAAGGCCUGCCAGUUUCCAUUAAUCUUGCUUCCACCAUUGGUUGUCUAUAUUUCAGCUUUACUUCACAAGUGAAUAGCCUAGCCCUAGUUUAUAUCACUCCACAUCGGAGUGAUCUACUCAGGGUAAGGCCAAAUGGGAACUUCUCAGAGACCUACAGUAACCAGUUAGUUACUACAGUAACCAGGUUAGUGAUGUACAGUUUAUUUCACAAGUACAUGGAGGAGCCAGCCAAAUAGAAAAAGUGCAGAAAGACCGAUAUUUUGGUGGCCUCUGGUACAUUCUAAUGCGUUGAUUCCAUGCGAUUUUACUUCCCAGAUUGGAACAAUCUGUUGUGGUACUGUGUAGAAGGACGACUAUAUGAUCACAACUAUUGUCUAAGUAAAAUAACAUGAAACCUUUUAACAUUUAACCUGUCUUACAUUUACAUCAUUUAGCAGACGCUCUUAUCCAGAGUGACAAAUCUUCUCUUGAGAUCAGUUUUAAUUGCCACAAUUAUUUUCUUCAUAUUAUGGAUUUUAUUAGAACAUAAUGAUCAUUUAAAUAGCCCACUGCCCACAUUAUCUUGAAAAAUAAAUGAAAGGUGGCUCCUGAAUGAAACACGCGAAAGAAAAUAAAUGUGCCAGAAAACAAUAAUGUUGAUUUUGACUCAUCGUUACCACUUAGGCUACAUUAUAUGGGACGUGCAAAUUCAAGGCUCUACACUGACCAUUUUUACAAGGAGCACAUUUAGGAGCACACAAAUACAGAAUGAAAGUAUUUCACAAUGUUGACAUCCGCAAACCGCUCGCCCACACGACGCUAUACGUCUGGGGUGCCGUCCUGGGGUGGCGUGGUUACACAUGGUCUGUGGUUGUGAGGCCGGUUGAAUGUACUGCCAAAUUCUCUAAAAUGACGUUGGAGGUGGCUUAUGGUAGAGAAAUUAACAUUACAUUAUCUGGCAACAGCCCUGGUGGACAUUCCUGCAGUCAGCAGGAAUGUCCACCAGGGCUGUUGCCAGAUAAUGUAAUGUUCAUUACUGUGGCAUUGUGUUUUGUGACAACUGCACAUUUUAGUGGCCUUUUAUUGUCCCCAGCAAAAGGUGCACCUGUGUAAUGAUCAUGCUGUUUAAUCAGCUUCUUGAUAUGCCACACCUGUCAGGUGGAUGGGGCCCCAUGACAUGCCAUUUUAGGAAUUGUAGAUUUUCCCUGACUGUUUUUAUUUAGGUGAUUUGUUAAUUCUACAUACUUUACACUGAAAACGUUCUACCAUCCUGAAAAUUAUUUAAAAUGAAUAUAGGGGAAACACUGGAAAUGACUACAACUUAAUGAAUAAAAGGUUUUGGGGGUUUUCCAUACUCAGUAAAGUACAAUGUACCCUCAAAUAUUUGAGUCACUUGGGUGAGACAAAUAUUCAGCUGCCACUUUAAGGGCGGGCCUUUACCGUGGUAAUGGUGGGAUUCAUCUGUCUGAGAGAUGAGAUUCUCCGACAUCCCUUUGCUAGUAGCAGUUGAGCAAGCUCAAACUAACAUUGGAUAACAACCUAGUGUGUGAACAAAAUGAUGUAAAUAGCCAAGAAACACGAGGACAAAGUCACACUUUAGUAGACAUUUGGCUAAAUUCUACUAACUUCAAUGCUGGUGUGCUGCUAAAAAGGAAUCUUUCAGCACUUCACUGUGCGCACAAUGACACAGGCACUGUUGCUGCACCUGAGGUGGGUUAUAUGAGACUCUACAUAGUUCUUUGCAUAGAAAUAAGAAAUCAUUCUUAUUUAUAUGGUUCUUUGUGUGAUUAGCUUCCUGCUAUGAAACAAAAUGGCAGAAAUACUUUGAAAAUUGCUAUGGCAGCAAUUCAUUUUGGCAUAAACAACAACUUGCACGUGCUCAUAUUUUACUUUUUCAGUUCGCACACAUCUGUUUUUAGGUGCAUAUGCAAGUAAAAUGGUCAGACUGUAGAGCCAUGAAAUUCACUCACAGAGAAGAUAAAGAAGCAUCAUGCUCUCCCCCUCCUCCGUGUAAAGAAAUUUGACUGCAACCAACCACAGCGCUGACAAAUCACACAGGUAUCGGGAGGCGGGACACAGUAGUGUUUCCCUGUCAUCGCUCGCUUUCUGACUGACCGGCGCCUGUCCUAUCUAUAGAUUGCUAGAAGAUGUAUAUUGUUUCUUCUAGCGGGAGAGGGAUCGGCUUACUUUUCUUUUCUUCUGACUAGCGAAUUGAAAAGUAGCUUAGUUAAUUUUAAGUGGAAAAAGUAGCCAGUGGCGCUAGUGGAAAACACUGGAUGUAGCUUUGUUUCACUCUUCUGUUCAGUAUGUAAAGGUGUAUUAUGACCGGAGAGCAGUGAAUAGUCUGGCUGCAACCCAAACAUGUUCAUGACCUACCACAGUGGAUUAACACUGCCGUUUUUAGGACCAGGAGCAGCUGCUGCCUCCAAACAAAUGUACAAAGACAUCCUGCUUACAUUAUCUGUUAUUUUCACCACCUGCAAAGUGCAAACUAGACAUUAGCCUGAACCGAGGUAUUAGCCACACCAUUCCUUCAGCUCUUUAGUCUCAGCUUCCUCUCUCCCUCUACAGCUGAAGCUGAUCGACCCCACGCAAUACCGCUUUGAACACCUGGCCACACAGAUGAAAUGGCGUCUACAGGAGGGGCGGGGUGAGGCUGUCUAUCAGAUUGGUGUUGAUGACAAUGGCAUGCUGGUUGGCCUAUCAGAGGAAGACCUGAGGUCAUCGCUAAAGACCCUAGGCAGGAUGGCAGAGAAGUACGACCAACACACCAACUGUUUAGAUUGUAAAUACACUGGCAGCCUUCUCGUAUACUCCUUUUUAAAGAUGUGAUGAAUGUUGUAAUUGACUCUCUUCAUUUACUUUUGACGUGAAGGGUUGGAGCUGACAUCACCAUUCUCAGAGAGAGAGAGGUGGACCACGAUGCUGACAUCCCCCGUAAGAUCGCUGAGGUUCUCAUAAGGAAGGUGCCAGACGACCAGCAGGUUAGUGACCUCAUGAGAAGCUCAUAAACCGUUAAGUGUGUUUACCUUGGCUGUAGACAGCGAGAGUCACUACUUGUACUACUACAUUUGCUGAUAAGUUGGCUAUGUGUGACUAGGUCAACAUUGAUACUAUGUUAAUACAUGUGUUUUUGUAUUUAGUUCCUGGACCUGCGGGUGGCUGUGCUGGGUAAUGUGGACUCAGGAAAGUCCACCCUGCUAGGCGUGCUGACACAGGGUGAGCUGGAUAAUGGGCGAGGCCGGGCGAGACUCAACCUCUUCAGACACCUCCAUGAGAUCCAGACCGGACGCACCUCCAGCAUCAGCUUUGAGAUUCUCGGCUUCAACAGCAAAGGAGAGGUGAGGGAAAGGACUGGCCAUGUCCCAAACUCUCAAAUGGCCUUUUCAUGGCCACUAAUAGAUGAAAGGACUGGAUAGGUUUGCUUGUGAUUUCUAACCUUUGACCUCUUGUGUCACUACUCAGGUGGUGAACUACAGUGAGUCGCGGACGGCAGAGGAGAUAUGUGAGAGUGCCUCUAAGAUGAUCACGUUCAUUGACUUGGCCGGCCACCACAAGUACCUGAAGACAACCAUCUUUGGCCUGACCAGCUACUGCCCAGACUUUGCCAUGCUGGUGGUCAGUGCAAACACGGGCAUCGGUGAGUCUAACUGCAGCACUUGA